AUGGAGUUCCCAUUUUUUCAUGGAAAGAUAACAAGAAGAACUGGUGAAGAACUUCUGACAAAGAACGGAAAGAAUGGUAGCUAUUUAAUACGAGAAAGUGAAAGCGUAGAAGGAGCCUUGUGUCUCUGCGUUUUCUUUGAAGAAUUCAUCUACACUUAUCGUAUCUUCAGGGAACAAGAAGGAUAUUUUAGAAUACAGACUACUGAAGGUACUCCAGACAUGAUCUUCAGAACCCUAAAGGACCUGAUAUACAAUUAUGAAAAGCCAAAUCAAGGACUAAUAACAAACCUCCGUUACCCAGUAAAGAAACCAAAGGCCUCACAAAGAAGACAGAGGUUCAAGUCAGGAAACGAUGACACUUAUGAUGAAAUUGAUGACAGCGAUUAUAUCGUUGUCUUACCCUGA